AUGGACGUAGGUGCUGUUCGCAACGAAAAUGCGGCACUUUGGCGAAUCUACCAGGUCUCGAAGGAGGUUACGCGGUUGGACUGCGCGAAGCCUCUGAAGGAAGCGCCCUUCAAGAAGUGGACGCCUUUGACGAUGGAGGCUGGCAAGGGCUUCGACUGGAGCGAUUUCGACAUCUGCGAAGAUGCGAACGAAUGGAUUCUCUUCCAUGCCUCCAUUCCAGAGGCGCUCUCUGCCAUUUGCCGCACCGGCUUCACCAUGGCCAAGCUUGGCUCCGGCGGCACCACGGGCGGCGGCGGCCUGUACGGAGAUGGCACGUACUUCGCCGACUCGAUCACGAAAGCUGAUGAGUAUGCUCGGCGCAAGGUGGAGAAGGGUGACUUCGCUGGAUGUCGAGUUGCAGCGAUCUGCCGAGUACUGGGCGGUCGGCAUUUCUACAUGGACAAGGAUGUCAUGGAGAAGGACAAGCCCAAGUUUGCCAAGAGAGUGCUCGAAGGACAUUACAACAGCACCGUGGGAGACCGCCUGAAGGUGAAGAACACCUUCAGGGAGUACGUGGCCUACGAUGCAGCAGCAACCUACAUGGAGUAUCUCAUCUACUACCGGCGCAAAGGCCGGCCUGUCCAUGCUCUCCACUCUUCAUGCAGGUGUUGUGAAUAG